GGACAGACGUCCGGAUAGGUUUUGUUCAUCGCCAGGAUUCGACGACCAACGUCCGAUGGAGGUGGUGACGGAUGUCCAAGGAGGUCUGCUCGUGGUGGUUCUUGACACGAACCCCAUCUAUUGGAUGCAUGAGAAGGACUUUGGCUUGAAGCACGCGAUUGAGAGCGUGUUGCUGUACGUGAAUGCGUACCUGCUGCAACAUCGCAACAAUCGCCUUGUGAUCCUUGCAGCUCAUGCCGGCAAGAGUGUGUUUUUGUUUCCCGAUCCUGAUGGCGUCAACCGAACAGGCUCUGCCGAACAGUUUUCCAGUGUGAAGGAGCAAGUAUGGCGAAAACUCACCGAACUGAGCAACGCACCCAUCGACGAAGCAAACAACAAGACGUCGCUCUCCGCAGGAUUAUCGCUGGCUCUAUGUUUCAUCAACCGCGCCAUGAACGAGUCCCGGGAACUUCAGCCUCGUAUUUUGGUCGUGGACGGCUCCCCUGACUUUGCCGAGCAGUACAUUUCCAUCAUGAACUGCAUCUUUUCCGCGCAGAAGAAGCACGUGCCCAUUGACUCGUGUGUGCUGGCAUCGGAACCUUCGGCGUUCCUGCAGCAAGCGUCCUACCUAACGGGCGGCAUCUACUUCAAGCCCAAGGAACCGCAAGGGCUGGUCCAAUAUUUCCUCUCCAUUUGGCUCGCGGACGCCGACACCCGCCAGAUGCUCAAGCUCCCCACGCAAGCGUCGGUGGACUUCCGCGCCAUGUGCUUUUGCCACAAGCAGACGAUUUCCACCGCAUUUGUGUGUCCCGUGUGCCUCUCGCUCUUCUGCGAGUUUAGUCCCGUCUGUUCGACCUGUGGGAUCCGAAGCCAGAUCAAACCACUCAAAGCCAAGCGACCAAUUCACCAAAUCAGCUAAUGGUUUUUCGGUUCAUUUGUUUUAAUUACGGAGUAAUUCAGUCAUAUUAAUUCGUAG